UUGAUUGGUUGUGCUUCUUCAGUUUUUCCACACCAAACUUGCUUGGCCAAAACACAGAGAAAAAGGGAAAGACAGAGAGAAAGAGUGAGAUGGAUCCUGCAACACUUCUUACUCUGGCACAAACCAUAAUUCAAGUACUAGAUUCUUCCUUUGUUAAGGAAUUUGGGUCUGUUGGCAGGUUCAGAUCUGAAGUUGAAAAACUCAAAAGCACCAUGUCCACUAUCAAGGCCGUGUUGAUUGAUGCGGAAGAGCAGGAGAGGCAACUAGUUGCGAGACGAAACCUGGAACACGAUUGGCUUGAAAAGCUCAUAGAUGUUGUUUAUGAAGCAGAUGAUCUGUUUGACAGGAUUGCCUAUAUAGCUCAACGCAAGAGGCUCAUGUCAACAGGUAAUACACUAAAAGGGGUUCUCCUUUUCUUCUCUCGUUUUAACCAGUUGGCUUUUGCUCGUAAUGUGUCCCGGGAGGUCAAGAUGAUUAGGGAGAGGCUGGAUGACAUUUCCAAGGAUUAUCACGACUAUUACUCCGGGCCGACAUGGGUUAGUGGUGAAGGGAGAAUAGUGGCAAAGAGGAGGGAGGACAGUCAUUCUUUUGUGUAUGCUGAGGAUGUUAUUGGAAGAGACGCGGAUAAGAAGGAAAUUAUAGACAAGUUGCUGGAUUCCAGCGUCAGAGAUGCUGUUCAUUUUGUCACAUUAGUAGGGAUUGGUGGUUUAGGAAAAACUACCCUUGCUCAAUUGGUAUAUAAUGACGAUAGAAUCGUUACUGAAUUUCCAUUGAGGAUGUGGGUUUGUGUUUCUGAUGAAUUUAAUAUCAGAGAUAUUCUCUGUAAACUUCUUAAUUCUACUGUAAAUCAAAACUUUGAAGUUGAAGAGCUCCAACGCCGAGUUAGGCAGAAGAUUAAUGGGGAAAGAUACUUGCUUGUUUUGGAUGAUGUGUGGAAUGAGGAUCGUCAUGAAUGGCUUAAACUUGAGAACUUGUUGAUUGGUGGUGUAAGGGGAAGUAGGGUUGUGGUCACUUCACGCUCUAAAAUGGUGGCUACGAUAGUAGGAGACGGUCUAACUUAUGAAUUAAAGGGCCUCUCUCCAGAAGAUUCAUGGAGUUUGUUUGAGAAAAUGGCAUUUAGAAAUGAAAUAGAGCGCAUGGAUGACCACCUCAUCGAAAUUGGACAACAUGUUCUUAAGAAGUGUGCCAAUGUCCCCCUUGCCAUAAGGGUUGUUGGAAGUCUUCUUUAUGGCCAGACUAAAAGCAUUUGGCAGUCAUUCAAAAAUCGAGAUUUGAUAAAGAUGAAAAGGGAUGAUAAAGAUGGUAUAUUGCCAAUUUUGAAGCUUAGUUAUCAUCAUCUUACCUUGGAAUUGAAGAAUUGCUUCAGUUAUUGUGCCUUAUUUCCUAAGGAUUAUUGGAUAGAGAAGGAGAUCUUGGUAAAUCUAUGGAUGGCACACGGUUUCUUAUCACCUUCAGAGGGUCAAAGAGUUAAAGAUGCUGCAGAGGAAUACUUUAUGAUUCUUUUGCAAAGGUGUUUUUUUCAAGAUGCUAUUAGGGACGACUAUGGUGAAAUUGUGGCAUGCAAGCUUCACGAUCUGAUGCAUGAUGUUGCUCAAGAGGCAGUAGGUAGGGACUUAUUGGUGGUAGAUAAUGUGAGCGAGUUGAAGGAAAAAAUUAGACACUUAUCCUUCAGUAGAUUGGAUCUCGGAAAUAGUUCAAGCUCUUUCAGCGAGAUAGAAAAUAUACGCACACUAUUUAAGCUGCAGCGUACUUUUUCUGUAGCCGGAACUAGGGAGAUUAGAGAAUUUCUUAAAAAGGCAACGUACUUGAGGGUAUUAUGUUUAACUUCGGAGAUCAAAACCUUGCCGAGGGCAAUAGAUAAACUAAUUCAUUUGAGAUAUCUUGACCUGUCUCAUAACUAUGUGUUAGAGUUUCUCCCUGCAACACUAUGCAAACUGAAUAACUUGCAGACCUUAAUACUAAAAGAGUGCUUGAAUUUAAAAGAGUUGCCAACGAAGUUAAGCAAAUUAGAGAAACUGAGGUACUUGGAUAUUGAAGGUUGUAGGCUGGAUCAUAUGCCUCCGAGUUUGAGUAACUUAACAUGCCUUGAAAAGUUACCACAGUUUGUUGCUAGCCACAGUCGAGUGGGACAGGCAAUUAGAGGAGAGCUUCAAGACUUGGAACCACUGAAAAAUGUUGGAGGCAGUCUUAAGAUAAGAGUCCGUGGAUUUUCAACAUAUCAGGUCACCGAAGGAGCUAAAUAUGUCAGUGGCAUGAUACAUCUCAAAGAUAUGCAUAUAGAGAUAAGCUGUCUCCUCAACGAUGAUGCAGGUUCGACAUUAUUGCUAGAAUGCCUUCAGCCCAAUCGUUAUCUUACACAUUUCAGUCUAUAUGGAUAUGGUGGUGUGGCAUUUCCAAAAUGGGAGUCAAUUGAAGACUUGAAGCCAUCACUUCCACUGCUGGUUGAACUCUCCCUUAGUGAUUGCGCUAACUUGCAGCAUCUUCCUUUAUUGAGCCAACUUCAUCAUUUGCAAACUCUUAACCUCAUUAAUUUGGAUAAUCUGGAAGACAUAGAGGGUUGUGGUGGUAGCUUAUCAGUGUCUGUUCAAGAUCAGUCAGCAUUCUUUCUACGCUUGGAAAAGCUUCAUUUAGUGGGUUUGCCAAAAUUGAAGAGAUGGCAAAAAUCCUCCUCAGAGUCAGGAGUAACGAGCUUAAAUUAUAGUCGUAGCCCUGUUGCUUAUACAUUUCCUCGUCUCUUUGAUCUAAACAUCAGCAACUGUCCUUACAUGACCUCCAUUCCUCUCGCUUCAAGUGUCAGGAGUUUGAUUCUUUCCCUUGAUGCCCCCCAUUCUGAAUCAUUUAUGAUGAGUUCGUGCUGCUUGACUGGUUCUGGUGAGCUAACAAUAAAAUUUUGCUACUAUGAAGGUCUCAAUAGCUUAUCUAUAGUCGAAGAGCUAUUUCAGAGUCAUUUGUGCACCUCCCUUUGUUCCCUGCAUAUUGAGGGAUGGCCCUACUUAAAGAGCCUUUGUGGAGGAGGAUUGGAGCAUCUCACUGCGCUGCAGACUCUUCAUUUGUCGGGACUUCCUGAUCUAGAAGAGCUAGAGGAUGGCAAUCAUAGUCAUCUACCUUGGAAAUUCCUUACCAGUCUCCGUGACCUGGAACUACUAAAUCUCCCGAAGCUUGUGAAUCUUCCUCAAGGGAUCCAGCACUUAACAGCCCUUCAAUCCCUCCGUGUUGAAGCAUGUGAUAUGUUUGAACUCUCGGCAGAGUGUGUGUCUCGUUUAACAUCUGUAAAAUAUCUUUAUCUAUUGCAAUGCGAUGGUUUGAAAUCAUUGCCUGAAGCAGCACUAUCAGAACUUCCUUCCCUUGAACAUCUUGAUUGGGUUCAGUGGCUGCAACCAUCUCCACAGUCGUCACAAGCCUCACCACCUCUACCACCUCCACUGCCGGACUUCCCUCCAGUGUGCCGUCAACCAUCUCCACGGUCAUUACAAGACUAACCACCUCCACCACCUCCACUGCCGGACUUCUCUCCACUGCACCGUCGACCAUCUACACUGUCGGAAUUUGUUGUAAAGCCGAAUAGCGCUUGAGUUAUACGAAGUAUAUUGUUAAUCAUUUUUAUUACUUGCGAAUAACCAUUAAUCAUUAAACUUUUACCAAGGCAAGGAAAUUUAAACCUAUAAAACAUACGAAGUACUUUCUUUAAGAAUUUCUGCUCGUCAAUUCUCUUGCAACACAGUAAAUGACCGAACAUCUGACAUAAUACCUUACUAUUUCAGGUAAUAAAACUACACUAUGUUUCCUGGCACAUGAAUAAUGCUUGAAGUUUUUCAUUCUACAGAGAUUUUUAGUAUAUAAUAAGCUGC